AUGCUCAGGAAAGCCGUAUGGAGGUUUCUUGGCCGCGCUGGUCUGAAGUCUUUACUGUUCUUGGUUAUUGUUUUACAUGUCGCCAUUUUUGUUGCUGUGAACUUUUAUUCAAUACCAGACAAUCACGAAGCAGGUAGGUAAAAACAUCAGCAGCAGCAAUGUAGUCAACCGAGCAUGUCAUGAUUGCAGCAAAGAGCUAAGGCAGCUUAAGAAUUGAAAACGAGUCAAGCUCUACUCCGAAUCAUUCACCUCUCCAAAACAAAAAGAAUAGUUCGAGAACAAGUGUCGGAUUGACUUGAAAAAGAAAAAAAAAAAACGAACAAAAGAACACCUAAAGAUGUAUUUUGUCAAUCUCCUUCCGGAUAAUUUUUUCAUUCGGUAGAUAUUUUACGAGCUUGAAAUCUCUUAAGAAUAUUGCAGGUGGCGGUUAACUUGGAAACAGAUAAGCCGACAUCAUUGUCAAAAGUGAAAGUAAGCGUAAUCUUUUCCCAGUUUUUUUUUAACAAACACUCAAAUUUGUGCAUGAUUUUGCAGUAAUUUUGUAUUCAUCUCGGCACAAUCUUUGGUUGUAAAAAAUAUAUAUAUUUUCGCAUUAAUAUUUCCUCGGUAGGGAUGAUUGUCAAUGGAUACGAUUUUGAUUUGUCAGCCCUUUCAAACUCUCAGUGUAUUUUCUCUUCUCCCAGCAGUUCAAAUCCUUUAAAUGCAUGAUUCCACGAAAUGAUUGUUAUUACAAGUACCGUCUUGUUUAUUUUUUAUAUUAAAAAACAGACACUAACGAGAAUUAUAUCAUUGCUUGAGUAAAACACAUUCAUAACAAACGCGUAAUUUGCAUGUUACCCAUCACGCUGUGAGUAUACUAUAAUUUCAAACGGGGCCAUCCGCCGUAACGUCAGACAGCAUAAAAGUUAUAUUCGUUCAGUUCUACCUUGUGUGUAAAACCGUCAAUGUUUUAGCCUUCGUGGCUCCGUAUUAAUACUAUUUUUUGACUUUCCAAUUUAUUACGUUUGCGUUCGACGCAUCAAAAAUACAAACUAUCAGGACAUGAAAUACCAAAAAAGUGUAUAUUUAUAUAUCUUCCGUGAUAUUUUGGGAGGGGAGUGGGCUAUGUACAUGUACUGUGCGUGCGGCGUGAAAGGAAUAGUUUAUUACUUCUUUGGCAUGGUUAAUUUUCGAGUUGAGUCUGCAAUGUGGUUAGCCUGCGAAUAGCAGACGCAUUUCCAGUCGUCCGUUCUCUCCCUCCGAAAAAUAGCGUCGCUAUUUUCCGGAAAAUAGCGACGCUAUUUUUCGGAGGGAGAGAACCAACGACCGGAAAUGCGUCUGCUGUUCGCAGGCUACAAUGUGGUAAGGAGGGUUUAAAAUUGGGUUUGUCUUUUAUCACAGGAUAGCGGUUCAUUUCUAUAAUAGGCCCGCGGAGGUAGAGGAAAUCACUUAUUUUGGUCUGAUGUAGGGUUAGCAUUUUAGGACGUAUGCUUUACACCCCCACCAGAGUUUUCCUUGGUUCACCACUGGUCGCCAGUAAAAUCUUACCGAAUCCGCUCUAGUUGUCGUGCAAGCCAAGGUUAAGAUCAGAGUUGAACACAUCCGAAAUUACUUUCUGAUUUUAUUGCAGAGUUAGAAUGCAUAAAAACUUUGGUUCCCGCAUAAAAACAACAACAACAAGUGUACUCAAUCGAAUUUUAAAAUAAUUUUGUUGUUAUGCCUGAGUGUGGGAACCAAAGUUAAAACAUUUAUGUUACCCGCCAAGAAAAGAGGAGCUAUUCUAAGUGGGUUACAAUACAAUAAUAUAGUCUCUUACUCAUAAUAAUUACAAACUUCAAAGUUCUGGAAAAAAAGAGAGUAAAUAAAGAGAAAACAAAACAAGGUAGCACAAUUAAAAAGGUAAAACUGUAACCAGAUACUGAUCUUAACAUCACUUUAUCUAAUCAUGACGCGCAAUUUAAGUACGCUGAUGAUUCGACAAUUAUUACUCCUGUAUGGAAGGAGGUAGACUACUCCGAUCAUUUAGUGUCACAGUUUUUAGAUUGGACGAAUACAAAUGGAAUGUCUUGCAAUCCAAGCAAAUGUAAAGAGUUGACGAUCAAAAAGAGAGGCAAUCGCGAUCUCUAUUCACCUAUUGGGAUGAUACCAAGCUGUAAAGAAGUAGAGAUUUUGGGCGUCACCUUCCGAUGUGACAGCAAAGUUUCAGUGCACGUGAAGAACAAACUUAUUAAAGCUAACAAAUCCCUACAUAUCCUUAGAACGCUGCGCAAAGAGGAGUACAAUCAGUCAGAAAUAGACCUUCUCGUUAUUACAAUAGUUCUACCUAAUAUUAAUUACGAUUAUCUGUCUACACCGCUUACGAGUCCGAUCUUACACCUGUAAAAUGUUUCUUAGACCUCUGUUUUAAAAGGAAAUAUACGUCUAAGCCUGUGAGUUUUUAUGAUUUCUUAUAUAGAGAGGCUAGACGGUAAAAUUUUCAGAAAAGUUUCUAAUGCUAAAUGAGGACAUCCACUUAUAUCUAAUAUGCCUCGUGUUAAACCGUCCAGUUACAAUAUUAGGAAAGAAUUUUUUUUAAAAUCUAAGAUUAACACCAUGCGUUUUAAAAACUCUUUUAUUAAUCGUUUAGUUUUUAAAUAUGAAUUAGCUAUGUAAUAUACUAGAUUUUUUUAGUUCUUACUUUUACCUUUUUAAAAUUUCUUACACUUACUUGAAUGUGGGGGGAUUUUUAUCUUUUGAUGAAUAAAGACUUUAUUAUUAUUAUAAUUAUUUAGAUACGAUAGUAAAAGAAAACUAUGGAUGUAAGGAACGAGAGCACUCUAACUGAAUAAGGAGUUAAGGAAUCUUAUACUGAUCAAGCUUAUUACACUUGCUUUCCUACCAUUUGUGUCCGUUUUGAGUCACUGGAUUGUUUCAUGAAAGUGAAAAUUUUUAUGUAAGAAAGAAUGAAAAAUGUUUCUGUGCAAUAAUUAUAAAGUAAGUGAUCUUAUAUAUACUGUGCGUAUAUGUAACUCCGUUAAGCAAGCGGUAUGCUCAUGUGGAUUUACUACUCUUCACAGGGGGCAAUCCACUUGUGUUCACCGCUCUGAAAGGUAACGAAUCUGAAGUUAUACAUCGGUUGCUGACGUCUGGUGUUGUUAAGCAAACAAGUUUUUUACCUACAACUCCGACAGUGCCUUUGACUCAACAUAUCAUAGACAGUAUAGCCCAAAAUAUGGAGGUCCGCUUUCAGAUCCUGCAGAGUUUUAAUAGUGCGGUCAUAACUUUAAUAAAUAAAGGAUCGGCACUAAUUGGCGGAAACCUUUGGGCAAUUUAUAUGUGUCUAGCAACAGGAUUGGAGCUUGGGCAUCUUGUACACAGAGAAGAUGGGUACGUACUACCUGACAAAAAAUCGAUCAAACUGACUCAUUUGAGUGGAUGUUCAUUUAAAAUUGAGCCAACAAAGGACUUUAAAGCUAUCCCGCCAGGUAAAUCAAUAGAGAUCAUGGUCCAUAUCGGUUUAACCGAGUCGAGGAGUGAUCUGGCCCCCAGAUGGUACGUGGCGGCGGAUGGACUGGAACCAAGGAUCAUUCCCAACACUGCCAGUGAAGAACUUGACUUCGUAUUUUUCCCACCAAAGAGAAGAAAAUCGUGGGAUAGCUUUGUAAACUGCGAUGCGGCUGAUCUUGGGAGUGCUCCUCUUUUAGUUAUCCCAACACCUUCGGAGGUUUUUGGGUUCAAUGCAACGAAUAAACUAUCUGUUGAUGGCAAUUGGAUUGUUUUUGGGGAACCGGGAUUAGAAGAUGAAACAAGCUUCCUAGCAGGUAAUUGCAAUAUCUGGUUUUCAUGCAAACGACACUUUCGAAAACUUAGCGGGGAAGACGAAGUUAGCUCGCAUGGCGUAGGUGCGUAAGAAACAUGAGUCUGGAGGAUUGUAUGGAGGUGAAUGUUUUUCACAUGCGCACGCAAGAGGGGGAAUCCAACUACCAGUGAGCUGAGGUAGCUUAAUUUCUCUUAAAUUUACCCGAAACGAACUUUUCAGCCAUUGUAAAAAGAAACAACAAAACAAAAACAAAAACCCUAAAAAUUUAAAUAGUCAGCUACGUCUCACUUUACCGUGAAUCCACUCACAGGCGGCUCAUGCUUUGAAUUUUGAACAUUUUUGACGUCAUUUGUAUGGUCUAUAAGAGUACAGACAUUGGAUAUAGUUAGGUAUGUCUAUAAAUAGGAAAUUUAUAAAAAACUUUUUUUCUCUUCAGGUAAGCUUAAUAUACCAAAAUCCUUUUCACAGUCUACGCGCGACAAAGUCAUCAAGCUUAAACUAGGGAGAGUGUCGGUACAAGGAACUGAAAUAUCCUCCAGUGAAUCGUACCUCAUUCAAGUCAAUACUUCCGACCUGUCAAUCGUCAUUACUGGAACUGGGAAUGCCGGAGUGUUCUAUGGUGUCCAGACUCUUCUUGCCCUCGUCACCAAAGAAGGACAGGUUCCUGAGGUGCAAAUCAGAGACUCUCCUCGUUUCUCAUAUCGAGGGCUGAUGGUUGAUAUUGCGCGGAAUUUUCAACCCAAAAAUGAAAUAUUGAAGCUACUGGACGUCAUGGCGAUGUACAAAAUGAACAAACUUCAUUUCCACCUCACAGAUAAUGAGGCAUGGCGACUGGAAAUGCCAGGAAUCGAGGAAUUGACUUCAGUGAGCAUAGCCUUUCCCAGACGUUCAGAUAGUAGAGCGCGGCCCUCAGAUGGUGGGGAGCGAGUUAAAUCGUACGCGGGGAAAACAAGGGGAAAAACGAGGGGGAAUGGGUCGAGAGCGAGGGAACAUUCCCCUCGUCAAUUUUUCUCCCGCAGUCUACUAUCUGAACCCCUGGUGCAGGCUACAGUAAGCAAGGGAUCGGAAAAUAGAAUUUGAUCGUUUUAUGAAUAUUUCUGUGAAAAUGCGUCAUGUGAGAAUGUUGUCGGAAUACUUGAAGGAGGAUUUCAACAACUGCAUGGGCAACUGUUUUUCCCUUUAAGUCACCUAACAAAUUUUCCCUAUAGCUUUUUUCUUCUUCUUCAUGGAAUAAACUCCUUGAAAUUGCUAUUCGAGACAGUUCAACACCCCUAAUUGGCUUCAAAGUAUACCGCCAUAAACCAGUUACCAGAUUAUGAAAAUGGCUUGGCGUUUAAAAACUCUUAUUCUGUAAAUCGGAAAUAAAGAACGACUUAUCCUGCAUGUAAUGGAGUACUGUUAUUAAGCAUUUAAGCCCUAAGAAUCAUCAGCGUCAAAUUUCUCCUUGUAAUAGCAAUGCUUUGUAAAUCAGAGUGGUCAUGAGAAUUACGAACAUGAUCACACAAGAUGAAUGUAACUGAUGCUUCAACAAACUCUCCCUACUACUUCUUUUGAAAACAUAUAGGGAUAACAAAUGAGAAUUUGAAUUUUGAUCUUAGGGUUUCAAGGGUUUAUAAAGCGAGAACAGUAUUCUUUGACGGCGCGAUUAACGUUUCCUGUUCGUUUCGUUAUUGUUUAGGUCGGUGCCAGAAGAUGCCAUGACUUACAAGAGAAAACCUGUAUCUUUUCUCAUCUCGGCUCAGGUCCCGACACCAGUACCUCGGGCACUGGGUUCUACUCUACUGAAGACUACAGGGAAAUUUUACGUCACGCAAAGAGACGUCAUAUUCAAGUGAUUCCGGAGUUUGACUUACCAGGCCACAGUCAUGCCGCCAUUAAAAGCAUGAUAGCUCGUCACGAUAGGCUGGUUAAGGAAGGAAAGGAGCCUGAAGCAAAGGAGUUUCUUUUAAGUGACUUCAAAGACGAAUCUCAGUAUUUCUCCGUGCAAUUUUUUACAGACGAUACAGCCAAUUCUUGUUUGAGGUCGACAUACAGGUUUAUUGAGCGGGUGUUGAGAGAGCUAACAAACUUACAUCACGAUAUUCAACCCCUGACUGUUUUUCACUUUGGAGGAGAUGAAGUUCCCGAAGGAGCAUGGAGGAAAUCACCCGCGUGUGAAAAGAUUGCUAAAAUCUUAAACUUUACAUAUAAAAGUGUUCAAACGCACCAAAAAUUAAAAGAAUACUUCUUAACACAAAUAUCAAAUAUUACGGCAGAAAUGAACCUUGCUUUGGCCGGGUGGGGAGAUUUCUUGUUCGAGAAAAGCAGGCGUACACUUAUUCCAAGAGAUUUUUUUUCAAAUAAGGAAAUUUAUUCGUUUUCGUGGAGUGUGACAGGUGCAGUAAAAAACCUCAAGGAAGUUUCUUUGAUGGCUAAUCACGGAUACAAGGUGAAAAUCAUCAUGUUUCAAUGUAUUCUUUUUUCUUGAAUGUUAACGUAAAAUCUGAGCUUCUCUAGUCCUGUCAGCUCCUAUAAGCUCACCAUGCAUAUCGCACACUUAUAGCAGUCAUCUCAUAGAAUAUCAAGUGAAUGUCUUUCAAUCUGUCAGAUCAAUUGAAAAUUUUACAUCUUUUAUAACCUCCCCCACAGAAGCUAUAGCAGCCUGGUCCCCAGACGUGCCCUAUUUUUGGUGAAAACCUCGACAUCUUGACACGACUGUGAGCCAUGACGUCGCCCUACAAACCCACCCAUUUUUCCCCAGUAUUCAAGGAGACAAUGGGGCAAGAGAGAACCACUCAGGACCAGGCCGACAUCCCAUUUGUCCAUUUUUUCAAUAACGAUCAUAAGGGAUGACUAUAUUGGCAACAUUGUUUUUUCGGAUUUAGUAACAAAUACCGUAUUCUCAUUGGAUAACAAGAUAUAUCUAUUAUCUGCAGGUUGUGUUGUCAAGCCCAGACUAUAUCUACCUUGAUCAUCCUUAUGAGCCUCAUCCCGAGGAACGCGGAAAGCACUGGGCAACACCUUACACUGAUACCAGGAAAAUCUUUGGUUUUGCGCCCGUUGAUCUUUACAAAGACAUCACCUGCAAUUUCAGUAAUUGCAGCCACGCACAGCAAAACGUUGUAGGUAAAAAAUGUUUUUAUAUGCAACUGCUAGACUGUUUACAAAUUGUCGUGUUAACUACAGAAUGUUGACUUCUGAGAUGCCGCUCUGUAGACGCAAUUUGCCUCCUAAAAGACAUUCAAGAGCUUUUUAGAAAGAUACACAAAUAAAGGGCUCAGUUUAAAUUAUGAGUUGAAAAAGUAGUUUAUCAAAAUCAGCUAGUUUUGAAAGCUGACUUUUUCGAGCGCUACGUUUUCGUCAGAGCAAAGUGCCAUCUCUUAACAUCACCUUUUUUAUCUCUUUGAGCGCUUCACCCUCUUGAGAAAACUAAUUUUCGGUCAGCCAUCACGUGUUGGGGGUGUGACUGCAAAGCAUCGGGAUUUUUUCUUAGUCGAAUUUUUUCAAUAAGAUUGCAAGCUGAGAUGGCUCAGAUUGCUGUGCGUGUAGGUACAGCUUAUCGACAGACGUUCCUCAACCCACAUAUAAAGGAGACUCUACUAACGCGUCCAACGUUUGCUACAGGUAUCGAGUCAGCGUUGUGGAGCGAGACAGUAAGAACUGCGGAACAAAUGUAUACUAUGCUCUUCCCUCGGCUUCUUGCUGUGGCAGAGCGAGCCUGGCACAAAGCAUCAUGGGAAGAGGUCACUGACAGGCUGGCGCGAGAACGUCAAAGGACUGGUGACUGGGAGAGGUUUGCUAACACUAUUACGUACAGGGAACUGGGCCGACUGGAUGAGAUGGGUGUACCAUACCGCGUUCCUCCACCAGCCGCAAGGUAAAAAACAAGAGUGUACUUCUGUUGUCAUUAAGAAAAACCUUGAGAAUAGGCUACAAGUCAGACUAUCCGCUCAAUCAAAGUUUACAGGAGGUAUCUAACGUGGGGAUGAGACAUGACUAUAUUGUAAAUUGUUUCUGUAGGAUUACAGGGAGGAAACUUGAAGUCAGGACUGCACUGCCAGGCCUUAAAGUUGAGUUCUCGCGAGAUGAUGGAGAAACCUGGAAUGAUGUCACAAGUGGUGGCAUAGAGGUUGAUGGGAUAUUAAAGUUGAGGACAAGGUAA